AUGAGGCAAACCGGCCCCCCAUUGUCCCUAACACAGCCAAACACACCACCGAGUAGCCCGAAUCUAUCGCUGUCCCAGUGUUUUGUCACCUCGAGCGAUGCUGAAGAGUUGGUCAAAGCGGUCACGGACAUGCAGAUGACCUCUACUUCUGCCCCGAAGUAUCUCAAAGAUCUCUUUCUCAAGGUCCUUGACAAGCGCGCAGAGGAGAACGCCGAGGUCUCUGAUAAACCUAAACCCGACUCUCCGGAUAGCACCACAUCAAAGGAAUUGGUGGCUCGCGCCUCGCUAAUAGCUUUCAAAGAAGUCGAUGAGAUCUGGGAUGACAAGGCAUACAAGUACACCGUUGUGGAAAGCCCCAAGCCAAAAAGCAUUAACAACUUGGAUCAAUACGUGUUCGUAGUUCACAAGAAUAGUAAAGAGAAUACUUAUUUUGUUGACGUCAAGUUGUUCAUGCUUCGAGACGCUUUGAGGGAGGUCCUCUGUGACGUCCCCGGGAUUAACAUUUUGGAGGAAAAGCUCUCUAUACAGCGGAACAUUCUCUACAACUUCCUCCCUGAGAUUGAGUUAUGUCGCGACAAAAUUGACCUUGAGGACCGAGCAAGCUAUGAACACAUCAGCCUUCUCAUCGACCAUAUCAAGACAUCCUACGCAGACCUCACGCAACGACUUGGUGCACUCCUCGAGGCCAAGGAGAUCACUUAUGACCUACUCUGGGCUUUUUUCAAAGCAAACACGUUAGUCUACACCACGUGCCCGGGAACGGAAAAGCCAAGGUGCAUCAAGUACGAGUCUGCCGCAGAGGAAACUACCCAGAGCGGAGUAGAAUACUUCCAUAUCAAAGGGAGCUAUCUGGACUUUGACGGGAAGAUUUUGGGAAAGGUUCCGAUUGAGACGGCGAUUUUGAAAUUCGCUGGAUCCAAACCUGUCAACUCGCUCGAGGCCUUCCCACUCUAUUAUCACGAGGAAGAGGAGGCUGUCAAAAAGAUGCUUGUCGAAUGUGACCGGAGGUUCUGCUCCUUGAGAGGUACUCAACAUCGGCAGUACGAUGAAACAGCUUUCCAGAUGAUGAAAGGGAAGCCUCGCAAAAUCACUAUAAAAGGCAGAAUUAUGGUAGACUCGGUCAAAUUUCUACAGGACAAUCCCAACUACGCUCGACCGAGCAUUUUCAAGAGCUCCAAAAGUGUCGGCAUUUGGCAUGAUUUGGACGACGAGCCUAGCACGCGGCUUGACGAAUCAGCUGUGAAAAAGGGCGUUAACAUCAACGAGUUGAGCAAGGAAGAUUUUCUGCUCUGCAGUCCUACUGUGCUAAGUUACAGUCUAGAAAAUAAGUUGUACUUGGAGUUCGCUGUCGCAGAUAUUUCGGAAAUCUGCUGGGAUGAGUCUAUUUUCGGUCAGCUCAAAAUCCCAGCCAAUUCGAAGGAGCUCAUUCAAGCCCUGGCCACCCAGCAUUCGAGCCGUGAAAAUGCCCACGCAUUUGACAACUUCGUCAAGGAAAAAGGUCUUGGAUUGAUCAUACUUCUGUAUGGGCCACCUGGUGUAGGAAAGACAAUGACUGCAGAGGCGCUCGCAGAACUCCUUCACAUGCCCCUUUUCACAGUUUCUGCGGCAAACCUCAGUCACAAUUCAUCAGCAGACCUCGAUACGCAACUGUCAAAGAUUUUUGAUGUAGCUAGCCAUUGGAACACCUUGCUGCUCCUCGAUGAGGCAGAUUCAUAUCUCCGCCGACGGUCUGACAACUCUCAACAUAACGCUCUAGUUUCGGUUUUCUUACGCAAGCUUGAGUAUUUUACCGGGAUUAUGAUGCUCACAACCAAUCAGGUGACAGAGUUCGACGGCGCUGUACAAAGUAGAAUACACAUUGGGCUCGCUUAUAGCUCUUUAGGGUUUGAUACCAGAAAGAGCAUUUGGGAAAGCUUCCUAAACAAGCCAAACGCAAAGGGCAGGGUGGUUGGUUUCAAAGGCACUGAGCUCCAAGAUCUGGCAGAGCGCAAGCUGAAUGGUCGACAAAUCAAGAAUGCGGUGCGUGCAGCACAUGCUUUGGCGGACUUUGAAAAGGUAGACUUGGCUAUGAAUCACCUGCACAAAGUCCUUGAUGUUGGGGCAAUCUUUGAAAACGACUUCAAGGGGACCGGUGCGACUGACAAUGAGCAUGCCUACCAUUGA